ACAGGAAACUACAGCUGGCAACGGACGCGCGAUUACUGUCGCGAUACAAAUAUAAGUAGCGACAUAUGCCAUUAAGUUACCCUCAGAGAUUACUGUAGGCUACAGCCAGGAAUACUGUUGUUUGAGGAUUUCCGUUGAUGUUUAUCGGAAGCGAAGAAUAAGAAUUGGCAACUGCCAUGAGCAGGCAUCUCAAAAGGAAAUUUAAGGACAGCGAUGAGGACCAGAGCUACUCCUCUUCCUCCUCACCUUCCUCAUCAUCAUCCUCUCCCAGUGUCUCCAAAUGGGACUCGGAGGAGGAGAACUACCAGGGUGAAUCCCCAGACUGGAGUCCCAUUUACCCACCACCUCAUGCCAAGCUCUCCUAUUCCUCAAUUCUGAAGAGGACCAAGACGGCCAGGACGAAGGGCAACGUGCGCUUUGACUCGGUGACCGUGUUCCUCUUCCAGAGGUGCCAGGGCUUCACCAGCGUGCCCAGCCAUGGCGGCUGCAGUCUGGGCAUGGUGAGGCGCCACUCGUCGUGCCAGCGCUACAGCCUGGCAGAGCACCGGGCAGAGCAGAGACGCCAGCGCCGGCAGAAGCUCCAAGACAGGCUGAGGGAGGAGAGGCUGGAGGCCCUCAAGCAGACGCUGCUGAGCAAUGGAACUCUAACAACGGAGGAUGCAGAGAGACUGACAGUGGAGGACGUUACAGAGGAGGAGCUGGCUCCAAAAUGUGUUGAAGUGGAGGAGGAGGAGGGCGAUGACGACGAUGAAGAGGAAGGCUAUUUGCCACACUCGUACUCCUCUAAGCAGAGGCGGAGGCUGCUGCAGCGCGCUGGCGUGCUCCGCAUCGAGCGCGAGGAGAAGCGGCAGCUGCAAGAGCUGCGGCGCUGGCGAGAGGACUGCGGCUGCCACUGCCAGGGCUUCUGCGAGCCGCUCACCUGCGCCUGCAGCCUGGCGGGCAUCAAGUGCCAGAUGGACCGCUCCAGCUUCCCCUGUGGCUGCACCAAGGACAGCUGUGGGAACCCUGCUGGUCGCAUCGAGUUCAACGCCGGCCGGGUGCAGACACACUACAUCCACACACUCAUGAAGCUGGAGCUGGAGAGACGACUGCUGGGGGGUGCGCUCCAGGGGAGGGGUCAGACUGAGGAGGAAGAGGAGGAGGAGGAGCAGGAGGGAAAGCCUGGGUCUCAGGACUGGUGCAGAGGCUCUUUUGAUGACACACUGUCGUCGUUAGAAAGCUGCGCAGCCCCGUACUCGGCUCCUCUCUAUCCUGCCCCUGCUUUCCUAUUUGGUGCCGAGCUGACCGCCGAGGGAGAGAGCAGCUGCAGCAGCGACAUGACGGACUCCUCCUCCUGCUCCUCCAUCCAGAGUAAGGACACGGACAGCGACCCCGGCCCCCAGUUCUGUCCCCCUGGUCAAGGCACAGGUGACAGAGGCCUAGCUCAUGUCCUGAGCUUUGGAGAGUCCGACGAGGAGUUCUCAUUCAGCAGUGACGACAGUGACUGCUGUCUGCCUGCUCAGACUCAGCUGAAAGGGGUUGCUGGUUUUGGCAGCUUGUCCAUGUCAGUGUUCCUGGAUGAAAACGCUAAUCAAACCGAUGCCAUGUUUCCUUGUGAUGUGUUUCCUGAUGCCCCUAACACUCCCUCGCCAUCUAUUGAUGAGACGUCACACAGCUACAUGGACCUCAGUCUGUCCUCAGACUCUGAUCUGGACUUUUUCGACAGUCUGCAUGACUACCACCCAAGUCCAGUACACAGCCAUCUCAAGGAGCACAGCUAUCUCAAUGACAACUUUUUUUGCUUGGCCAAUGGCCCUAGCGUGCCCCAGGGGGAAGAUCUAGGUACUCAACUUCUAGAGUCUCUAAUAGGAGUUGCAUAGUCUCAGCGGAUAGCUGUAGCUUGUGGCUAUAUCGAGCAACUAACUAUCCAUAAAGAGCAGUCAAUAUUUAUAGCAGAGAGUGUAUUAUCCCUUAAUGUAUUAUGUACAUAAUCAUAUAUUAUAUUAAUAUAUUAUAUUAUAUUAAGGUGCUCAGUAUGUUUAAAGGAUAUUCCUUCAUUUUUCAAAAUAAAAGGAUGUUUUAAUCCUGUCUUGUUGUAACAUUAGCACCAAUGUAUAGGCCUACUGAUUACUACACAUCAAGACAGUUCUAGUCUUUAUUGGUAUACCUUCCUAAUUCUCUAGUGGCAGGAUAGUAUCGCACUGGAAGUUGGAAUGGAUGGAACAUUUAGUUGAGUUUUGGUUCUCAGUUUUAAUGAUGCACUGGCUGAAACUCAGGGACUUAUGCCAUUUCACACCUUAUUGUUAUGCAUGUGACAGACAUGACCAUCAAUGUGUUCAGUACUUGAGUCGACAUUUAUGGUACAUCAGUUGUAGUUACACAUUCUUCCUCUAAAGUUCAGGUAGACAGUAAUGGAAAAUAGGCCCAGACAUUUUCAGUUGUGAGGUCUAUGUCUAUGUUAAGGCUCCUAUCUAUGUUGUGAGAUAGGAGCAGCUCAGGCAGAGAGUCGGGGCUGAGAGCCAAAUUGCGCAAGUAAGCCCCAAAAGUGAUCACUGGGACAGGAUGAGCCCUGGCCCUGGCGCAAGUAAGCCCCAAAAGUGAUCACUGGGACAGGGUGAGCCCUGGCUCAUCUUCAUUCUCAUGCCUUCGCCGCAACAGUGGGAAGCCCGCUAAUUAGUGUACCUUAUUUUGCCAUUUCACUCUAUGUUAUCUUUAUUAUGCUCUUAUUACAUAGGCUGAGCUUUUCAUUGCCAUAUUUUGUGUGCAUUGCAUAUAUUUAUGAAAUUAUACUGGAAAUUAAAUGACUUACUAUUGUAUCCAGUAUGCCUUAUUUAAUGUUAUGCAUCAAUGUGAAUUAUUUUUACUUUGCUGCCUGUGUAUGUAUGUUUUUUUGUAAAAAAAAAAAA